AUGGACGGCGCCCAACAGCACAUGCAGCAGAUGCAGCACAAUUACGAUUUCAUGAUGAGCCACAACAAUCUGCAUCACCAUCACAGCCGGGCGCUCGAGCAGUCCGUCUCGCCCGCGUCGUCGCCGUCGGCCGUCGGCAUCAUGCAGCAGCAACAGCAACAGCCGCAGCAACAGCCCGCGCAGCAACAGCACCCGGGCGCCGCGGCCAAGUCCGACCACAUCAAGCGGCCGAUGAACGCGUUCAUGGUGUGGGCGAAAAUCCAACGCAAGUUGAUCGCCCACGAAAACCCGAAAAUGCACAACUCCGAAAUCAGCAAGCGGCUGGGCGCCGAGUGGAAACAGCUCAGCGAGACGGAGAAACGGCCGUACAUCGACGAGGCGAAGCGGCUCAGAGCCAUGCACAUGAAGGAACACCCGGACUACAAGUACCGACCGCGGCGCAAGCCCAAGAUCCAGCUGCACCAGAACAACAACAACAACAGCAACAACAACAACAUCAUUAACGGCGCGCACCACAACACCAACGGCAUGGCCGUGGCCGCCAUACAAGCAGCCGUCGGGGCGCAACCCCAUCACUACCACCAUCACAAGCCGAACAUCCACGGGUUCCCGGUGGUGUCGGCCGGCGCCGGCAGCGCCGCGGCCACAUCGAACUUCGCCAACUUCCCGAUGCCUUACUUCACCGCCGGCCACCAUCCGCUGCACACGUUCGACGGGCUCGGCGCGGCCACCGGCUACCCGUCCACCGGGCUCAUGGGCCCGUACUUGGGCGCCACGAUGCCGACGUUCGAUCCCAUACACUUGACCAAACUCGUCGCCCAGCAGCAGGCCGCGGCGCAGUCCAGCGCCGGGUCGCCGUCGCCCUCGUCCCAGAUGGCCGGCUCGCCGCCGCCCUCGUUGCCGUCCGCCGCCGACAUUAACAUGAACGCCGUGCACAGUCUACAGCAGCAUCACCAUCAACAGCAGCAACAGCAACAACAACAAUUGCAGCACCACCAACAGCAACAGCACAACAAGAACAGCAGCAGCGCCGCCGUGGUGAGUUCGUUUUACAAUUCGUUUUAUCCGUCCGCCGCGGCCACCGGCAAGACGGGCCACUACCCGCACCCCCACAUGAGCCUGUUUUCGUCGCCGUUCUCGUUCUACAACAACGGCGGCGGCGGCGGCGGCGCCGGGUCCGGCGCCGGCGGCGACGAUCACCACAGCCAGCAGCAGCACAACCAGUCCGCGGCGGCCGCCGCGUUUGCCGUCCAACAACACCACCAACAGUUACAACUGCAACAGUUGCAGCACCAUCAGCAACAACUUCAGCAGCAGCAGCAGCAACAGCAACAACAACAACAGUUGCAGCGCGACAGCAACAACAGGCCCGGGUCGUCGUCGUCCGACAUGGAAAACGAUCAUCCGAUCAGACAAGUUCCUAACGCCAUUCAUUAACGUUCGAAAAACAGAACGCGCCCCCUCCGCCCCCCCCCACCCGUACGAAACACUCGCGACGCGCGUCCACGCACAUUUUAACGUAUUUUAACCAAAGCGUUUCUAGAAUACCGAUAACAAUAAAUCGGCCGUAAUUUUAACGAACGACCGCGUCCGGGUUUCUCGGGGAAAUUUUUUUUUUUGUUCUCACGUUAGUUUUUUCGCCUAUUAUGUAUAAAAUGUUGUUUUAGUCGAGCGCGGAUAGCGCACCGUUUACGCAUUACGCAGCGUGCGUCGCCGUUACAUUAGGACACCGACCUACGCCGAACACGAGCGCAAUUUAA